GGCGCCGCGCCAAUAGGCGGGCGGGGGGGGCGUGUCCGCCGGGCACCUCCCGCCAAUGAGGCGACGGCGGCGGCUCGGGGCAACAAUGGGGGGCGCCCGGGGCGCACGUGGGGCCGGCGGCGGUGGCGGGGCCGGGGCGGGGGCCGGGGCUGGGGCUCCCCCGCUCCGCUCCGCUCCGUCCCGCCCGGCGCCGGGGCACUCCCCUCCCCCGCCCUCCCCCGCCCCUCCGGGCCCUCCCCCUGUGUCACGGCGGCGGCCGCAUUCGGGGCCGGGCACGGCGGAGGGAGGGAGGGAGCAAGCGAACGGCGGCCGCCCCGGCAAUGUGGCCCGCCCGCGCCGUGGCGGCAGCGCGGCGGCGGCGGCGGCGGCGGGCAGGUGCGCGGCCGCUGAAACGGAGCAGGGGGGCGUAGGGGCGGGGAGCCGCCCGCCGCCCGCCCGCCGCCGCCCUCGCCCGGCGCUGUCAGGUGCCCCGGCGCCGGAGCACGCCGGUCCCCCGGCCGAGGAUGCCGCCCGCCGCCGGUCUCUCCGGUUCAUCUGUUGCUGCCUGACCGCGCCGUCAGCCCGGUGCAGCCUCCGCCGAUGGAUGCGGCAGCCCCCGCGCCCUGCCCGCCCGCAGCCGCCCCGCUGGCCACCGUGCCGGGAACAACUCCGGAGCUCCGCGGCCGGUAAAACAAAAACAAAAACAAAACAAAACAAAAACCAAAAACCAAACCAAAAUCCAACCCCCCCGUCUCGCCCGGGGCUUGAGAGGCGACCGACGAAUAUGCAGCAUCCUCCCCGGCUCGUCUCCCGUUAGCCUCACGCUUCCCGGCGCGGAGCCGGGCACAGCCGCCUCCUAGAGCUCCGCCGGACUUCGGGCUGCGCCCGCCAGGACCCGGCGCACGGAGCGGCUCCUCCUCCCCUUCUCCCGCUCCAUCCGAGCUUGGAGCCCUUCUUCGCACUCCUCUCCCUCUCGUGUUUUUGGUGGGUUUUUUUGUGUUUUUUUUUUUUUCCUUUUCUUUUUUUGGGUGGAA